AACAUGAAGGUAACCAGCGUGUGCAUUCUAGUUGCUGUGCUUCUGUGCUCUGCCGCCGUGGCCGAUGCCACGGUUUUUUGUUAUGCCUCGACCUGCUCCCGGUGUAAAAGCAUCGGGGCCAAGUACUGUGGGUACGGUACGGUGAGCACCAAAGGAGUCUCCUGUGAUGGCCAGACGUCGAUUAGAAGUUGUGCAGACUGCAAGGCUCGAUUUGGCAGAUGCGUUGAAUCUUACCUAACGGAGUGUUUUUUGUGAACGGGAUUGCACAGAUUUCGGCAUCGAGACUUCGCUUUGCGGUACAUUUGUAGCUUAAUAUUCGAAACAAUAGCUACGAAUCUACAUUAAUUCAACUCCAAGAGAGUGUUGAACAACAACCAGAGAGAAACAACACACCGUGACUAUUAAUCUAAACAGUGGGAAUGAUUAAAUAAAAACAAUAAACAUUUA